AUGCGAAUUUAUACGUUAUUCGUGUUGUUUCUCAUUGUCACAGUUACCUGUAGUUUCUCGCCAUGUGUUUUAAGAGAAGAAGCACAUGGUCCGAUUUGUGUUUGUAAUGCGACAUAUUGCGAUACGAUUGAACCACUUGGAACAGUUGUUUCCGGAAAAUCGGUGGUUUACACAAGCUCGAAAACAGGAAAACGGUUGAAAAGGAGUGAGCAUGAAGCGAAAAAGACAACUCAUGCGAAAGUAAAACUCACAUUUAAUGCGUCGGAACAAUUCCAAACAAUCAUGGGAUUUGGAGGUGCAUUCACUGAUGCCGUUGGGAUAAACUUGGAAAAUAUUGGAUCUAAUAUGGCAGAUCAGAUUAUUAAUCAAUAUUACGGAGAAGAAGGGCUUGGCUAUGUGUACGGAAGAGUGCCGAUGGCAAGCUGUGACUUUUCUGUUCGAGAAUACAGUUAUGACGACACAGAUCUUGAUUUUGAGCUUACUAACUUUAAAUUGGCCGAUGAGGAUGUUAAAUACAAAAUCCCGUACAUCAAAAAAGCUCGAGCCGCAUCAAAAAACGCUCUUAAACUUUUUGCAACACCUUGGAGUGCUCCAGGAUGGAUGAAAACGAAUGGGAGAAUGAUCGGUGGAGGCAAACUGCUCGGAGAUCAAAAUGGAAAGUAUUAUAACACAUGGGCAAACUAUUUUGUUAAAUUCUUCGAAGAAUAUCAUAAAUUGGGAAUUGACUUUUGGGCGACAACUGUUCAAAAUGAGCCAACAAGCGGUCUCGAUCCUAACUAUAAAUGGCAAACGAUGUAUUUCAGCGCUUCAAUGGAGAGAAAUUUUAUUAAAAAACUUUUGGGACCUGCUCUUCAGGCAAAUGCGGUGACUGGGAACCUAACGAUCAUGAUCAAUGAUGACCAACGAUACAAUCUUCCUCAUUGGCCAGAUACGAUUCUUAAUGAUCCAAUGGCUGCAAAAUAUGUGAGCGGUAUCGCCCUUCACUGGUACGAAGACUUUAUUGAGCCGGCGACAGUCCUCACCACAACCCACAACCGCCAUCCAGACUAUUUCUUGAUGGCGACUGAAGCAUGUGCCGGAUAUAUUGGAUCAACUGGACCCGAGCUUGGAAAAUGGUCUCGUGCUGAAGAAUACGCAAAUUCGCUUAUUCGAGAUAUAUCCAAUUGGGUGACCGGUUUUGUUGAUUGGAAUUUGGUUUUGGACAUGAUCGGAGGACCGAAUUUGGUCAAAAAUUAUGUGGACGCGGCAAUCAUCAUAAAUAAGGAUAAACAAGAAUAUUAUAAGCAACCAAUUUGGCACGUGAUGGCACAUUUCAGCAAGUUUGUUAAGCCAGGAGCUAUUCGUAUAGGUACUUACAUUGCUGAAAAAAUCAACGAUAUUGAAGGAGUUGCUUUCCUGAAUAAGGAUGGAACAAAAACUGUUGUGAUUCUGAACAGAGAUCCCGUUCUACCUCAUUCAAUUUCGAUCAGCGAUGUGUCCGUUCCGGAUCAGUUUUAUACACUAGAGUUGGAUGCGAAUUCUAUAGUAACAAUUAUUCUCAAAUAA